CACCGAGUUCAUGAACGCCAUGGAAAAUGGGAUAUCAUCAAUCAUCAAGAAGAAGGACAAUUCACAAACAAAGAAAGAAGAUGAAGGGUUUGUUGGAGGACCUAAAGAUCAUCGCCAUAGUUUCAAUGGCGAUGGUGCAGCAGCUGUACAUGUGUGAAUCAGGCAGCUCCCUCCACCCUGUGAUCCUCAUUCCCGGAGCCGGAGGGAACCAAUUGGAAGCCCGCCUCACCAAAGACUACAAAUCCUCCAGCGUAUUUUGCAGCCGAUGGAAUCCUAUCAUGAAGGACACACAAGGAUGGUUCAGGCUCUGGUUCACCCCCACCGUUCUGCUGGCUCCAUACACCGAUUGUUUUGCUCGGCGAAUGACCCUUUAUUACGAUAGAGACUCGGAUGAUUACAGAAAUGCAAUUGGCGUUCAAACUAGAGUCAAUAAAUUUGGGUCAGUUCGGUCUCUUCUCUACCUCGACCCAAAUCUCAAGCAGAUCACAACGUAUAUGGCCGGGCUUGUGGAUUCAUUAGAAGCAAUUGGAUAUGUCAGAGACAAGACCCUGUUCGGAGCACCCUAUGAUUUUCGAUACGGUUUGGCUCCAGAAGGUCAUCCCUGCGCAGUGGGUUCCAAGUUCCUGAAGGAUCUAAAAGAAUUGGUGGAAAGGGCAAGCAGUUCAAAUGGAGGAAAAUCAGUAAUACUCGUGUCUCAUAGUCUAGGUGGCCUCUUCGCCCUCCAAUUUCUCAAUCGAAACCCACCCUCUUGGCGUAAGCAUUUCAUCAAACACCUUGUGGCCCUGUCGACACCAUGGGGUGGAUCAGUGGAGGGUAUGCGCACAUUCGCAUCAGGGAACACCCUCGGCGUUCCCCUGGUGAAUCCAUUACUCGUUAGAACAGAGCAACGGAGCUCCGAGAGCAACCUAUGGCUAUUACCGAACCCCACAAUCUACGACCGCAAAACGCCGAUAGUGAUCACUCAAAAUUCCAAUUACACAGUCGACGAAAUUCCUCGUUUUCUCAAGGAUAUUGGCUUCGGGGAAGGCGUUUAUCCCUACGAAUCUCGCAUAGUGCCCCUCAUGGAACAAUUACAAGCACCUGGAGUACAUUUAACUUGUGUAAUCGGAGGUGGUGUCAAGACACCGGAGACUCUGUCAUACGGCGAAAACGGGUUCGACGAGCAACCGGAAAUUGGUUAUGGGGAUGGAGAUGGCACGGUGAACACGGUGAGCUUGCGGGCGCUUGAGCGAUUAUGGGCGAAGGAGAAGAAUCAAACGCUGGAAACGAUUGUUCUUCCGGGUGUUUCUCAUAAAUCCAUCUUGGAAAACAGAGAUGCUUUGGAUGCAAUAAUCAACGAGAUUUCUGGUAUAAAUUCUAUGGGCUGCCGCCACACUCGUGCUGUGAUUUGAGAGAGAAAAAAACACCAUUUUUAUUACAUAUAAAGGACGAUCAAUUUAUUACAUCCCAAUAAAAAUGAAAAUUUACUAAA